AACUAGUCACUUUAACUAUUAAUAAAAUGGCUGCCUUCAGAAAACUAGGAGAGAAGCUUUUGUUAAGCGGUACCAGUGGUAGGAGACUGCUCUCUACUCGUCAGUUGAACUGUUGGAACUGUAAUAAGACCAUUAGUGUACAACUAGAUGAACCAACCUUCACCUGUCCCUGUGAACAUCACGUGAUCCUUCCACCCACCACCUCUAAUUACUUUCACAUAUUGCAAUGUGACGUUCAGUUUGAUAUCAAGCCUGAGGUGAUAAAAUCUCGUUACCAUUGGUUACAGCGCUGGCUUCACCCAGACAAGUACGCAUUGAAGUCACCUUUAGAGCGUCAGUUUGCUGAGGAGCACUCAUCAUUAAUUAAUAAAGCUUAUAACACUUUGUCUGAUCAUUACAGGAGGGGCCUUUAUAUGUUGGAGUUGAAUAAUGUGGAGAUUGAUGAGAAAGAUAAUCUUAUAGCCGGAGGGGAGGAGUUUCUGGAGACGAUAAUGAAUAUUAAUGAGGAGAUACAUGCUAAUCCAUCGCAAGCAAAACUGAAGCAAUUAAUGAAUAAUAAUGAGGUUUCAUUAAACAAAUCAAUCACUGUCUUAAGUGACUGUUUUAAGAAAAAUGAUUUGGAAGGUGCAAAGUCAGCAUUAUCAGAAAUGAAGUAUUAUAUUAACAUAAAAGAAGAAAUAUUAUCAAGAAUACAAAUUUAAUUUUAAUUUUCAGUUAAGCAGCAGCAGUGAGCUCACUUUUUGGAUGGUGUGUGUUAAUGAUA